AUGGAAAGUGUCGAGGAUGCCGCACAACCAGAGCCUGUGAACCCUGCAGACGUCGAGCUAACAUCCACGCCCAAAGCCGCAGCCCCGACCGCCACAGAGCUCGUAGACAGAUGCUCCGCCGCCGCACCUUGUUCCUCCGCGGCCGCACCUUCUGCCGCCGUGCCCGGGUCUCUAUCUGCUGCUCCCUCUGCCUCCGCCUGCAGAGCCGCACCGCCGCAAGACGAGCUGGCUGCCGCCGCUUCUAGGGUUAGUCGUCGCCCGAUCAGGGGGUCGGAGUCGGAAUGGGGCUGCGCAGAGAUGGGGAGUGAACGGCGUGGGGGAGGAGAACGGAAUGGUCCGACCGCUGGGCCGGACCGGCAGCGGCGGGGUUAG